AUGGAGUGGCACGACAAAUGGACAUCCAUCUUCGGUGUCACGAUUGCUAUGAUCGUGUUGCCACUCAUUGUUGUUCCUUUACGCUGCUACGUGCGUAUUACAAGGCGUGCUUUCAAGAUCGAUGACUGGCUUAUCAUUGCGGCACUCAUUUUCCAUCUUGGAGCUUGUGCAGUCACGUUGUGGGGAUUCAUGUACGGUCUUGGUAUGCCCGACGAGGUCCUUAGCUUGGAAAACCAGAUGAAAGGUGUUCAGACCUUUGCGAUGUACAAACCAAUCUAUACACUAGCCACCUGCUUGAUCAAGUGCAGCGUCUGCUACACGUUCCUCCGUCUGUCGACAUCUCCGAAGAUCAAAAAAGCACUACACUGGAUCCUGAUCAUUGUCAGCUGCUCUUCACUUGUCAUGUUCAUUGGAUCUUUCUGCUAUUGUGUGCCUUAUUCAGCAAUCUGGACACAUUGGCACCAUCCCCAUACCCCUGGAUAUUGCCUUCCUGGAGCUGUAGUACUGACUGUUGGAUACUCGUUUGCGUGCACAACCAUAUUCGCAGACUUCGCAUGCGCGAUCAUCCCUGGUAUUAUCCUCUGGCAAACAGUGAUGAGCACAAGAAAUAUGGUUAUGGCUUGGUUUAUCUUAGGCCUGGGUGUGCUGGCAGCAGCAAUGACGAUUUGUCGUUUGCCUUACAUAGCAUAUUGGACUCACGAAACCAACAUGAGCUAUGGUCUAGGAAGAAUCCUCCUCUUCGAACUUCUCGAGUGUGGACUCGGUAUUUUCGCAUCCUGCGCACCGGCACUGAAGCCUUGGUUCUCUGCCUCGAUGACUUCUUUGACGUCU